AUAAACAAAACAACUGUUUUUUAGUUAUGUUGCAAAAACUGUUGCAUUUGACGAGUAGGCGCACUGGGCGUGGCCUUAGUUCUACAGCGUUACAAGGUGAAAGGAUAUGCAUAGUGGGAGCUGGUCCAGCUGGAUUCUAUGCCGCACAAUUGCUGCUCAAACAGUUGGAAAACUGCCGGGUUGAUAUUGUGGAGAAACUGCCAGUUCCCUUCGGUCUAGUGCGUUUUGGCGUUGCACCCGAUCAUCCGGAGGUCAAGAAUGUUAUCAACACAUUCACCAAAACAGCUGAGCAUCCGCGUUUACGAUUCUUUGGCAAUGUCAGUCUUGGCAAGGACAUCUCGUUAAGUGAACUAAGGGAACGCUAUCAUGCGGUACUUCUAACCUAUGGGGCUGAUCAGGAUCGUCAACUGGAGGUAGCAAAUGAGGAGCAAGCUCAUGUGAUAUCAGCUAGAAAAUUUGUUGCCUGGUAUAAUGGUUUGCCGGGUGCUGAAAAUUUGCAACCCGAUUUAAGUGGACGCGAUGUGACCAUUGUGGGUCAGGGUAAUGUGGCUGUAGAUGUGGCACGUAUGCUGCUCAGUCCCAUUGAUAGAUUGAAGGUCACUGAUACCACAGAAUACGCCUUGGAGGCUCUUUCCCGGAGUCAAGUGGAGCGUGUACAUUUGGUGGGCAGGAGAGGACCUUUACAGGCAGCAUUUACCAUAAAAGAGCUACGUGAGAUGCUAAAGUUGCCCAAUGUCAAAACCCAAUGGCGCAUACAAGACUUUGAAGGCAUUGCUGCACAGGUGGACAAGUUACCACGACCACGUAAACGUCUCACCGAACUGAUGCUCAAGAGUCUGGAGGAACAGAAAAGCUCUUCUGACCGUGAAAAACACUUUCUGCCCGUUUUUCUAAGGGCACCCAAACAAAUAGAAAAGUCGGAAAUGGAAUUCUCUGUAACUGAACUUCAACAGAAUUCCGCUGUGGCCACCGAUCAAACGGAACGUCUUCCUGCCCAUUUGAUUCUACGCAGCAUUGGCUAUAAAUCCAGUCAGGCGGAUAAAGAUAUCAAUUUCGAUGAUCGUCGGGGACAUGUGAAAAACAUAGAUGGCCGAGUCUUAAAGAGUAAUGGAUCCGAUGAAGUUGAUGCUGGUCUCUAUGUGGCUGGUUGGUUGGGCACUGGACCCACUGGUGUCAUAUUGACUACCAUGAAUACAGCCUUUGCCGUGGCCAAAACAAUCAGUGAGGAUAUCAAAAACCAAAUAUUUGACACUAAAUCAAUUAAACCUGGUCUUCAAGUUGAAGAAUUGCCACAAACAGUAACUUGGAAGCACUGGCAACGCAUCGAUAGCCAUGAACAGAAACUGGGUCAGGCCAAGGGCAAGCCGAGAGAGAAAAUUGUUAGUAUUGAUGAAAUGUUAAAGGUGGCGGGCAUCUAG